UUCAUUCGCGCGGAACGCCUCCUCGCGCUCCCUCCAGUGCUGACGCGGCUGCGCGUGUUUACGUGAGGCGACGGCUCCCGUUUCCUGGCGGAGAAGAUGGCGGCUCCUGGUCCAGGGGAGUAUUUCAGCGUCGGGAGCCAUGUCUCCUGCAUCACCUGCCUGGGGCAGCGCCUGCAAGGAGAGGUCGUCGCUUUUGACUACCCUUCCAAGAUGCUGACUUUGAAAUGCGCCCCGUCCAGCGGCAAACCCAAUCUCAGCGACGUGGUGCUUGUUAACCUGGCCUAUGUGUCAGAUGUGGACGUCAUCAGUGACCGUGCUGAAACUCCUCCCCCUUUAGCAUCUCUUAAUUUUAACAAGCUUGUAACUAGAGCACGGGCAGAAAAGGAAGACAAGUUGUCGCAAGCUUAUGCAGUUAGUGCUGGUGUAUCUGUAGAGGGCCAGCAGCUGUUCCUGACCAUUCAUAAAACCAUCAAAGACUGCAAAUGGCAGGAGAAAAACAUCAUAGUGAUGGAUGAUGUGGUCAUCAGUCCGCCAUAUCAAGUGGACAACUGUAAAGGCAAAGAGGGCAGCGCUUUAAGCCACGUGCGGAAAAUAGUGGAGAAACAUUUUCGAGAGGUGGAGAGCCAAAAAUCAGUGCAGCAUUCACAGCAAGCUCAACAAACACAGAAAGACUCUGCUUUAUCAUCAUGAGCCCAGGCUCAGAGAGGGAACAUUAUGCUGACAAAGGAAGUGUUGUUUGUUUUAAAUUAAUAUUUUCUGAUGUUUUUGUUUUGUUUUUUUUAACCAAUCGCCAGGCAAAGGUUGAGAUAGCUGAUACUCAGCGUUUUGAGCAGGGAUGACGGUCCUACACAUCUGAAGAGAAAAACUGCUUCCACUGACAAAAGAGAGGGCAAAAAAUAGAGUGCCAUCUUAGAAUAUCAUGUCAUGUAAAAAAACAUUUGACAUCCCUUCCAACAUCACUCACCCCCCCAGUCCCACCCCGUUGGAUCUCCUUGUUUUUUUCCCUCCUGUCAUCAAAUAAACCACUUGUCCAUUUCAUCUUGCUUGGAUAGCCAACAAAGAAAUCACAUUAUCUCUUCUAAUCCGUAAUCUUCCUUUCUACCAUUACAAAAUGUGACACUAAGUGUGUGAGGGUAGAACAAAAACUAUUUUCUUAAGUUAUAAAGCCUUUCAGACUGGAUAAAUAGAGUUUGAUUUCCUUGGCUCUCAUGCCGGGUUUAUUUUUGGUUUUUAGUUUUAGAUUGACGGAGAGCUGAAGGUGGAGUAAGGGGAAAUUGAACUGCACUUAGCAUCUACCCUUAGCAUCUAAUUUUCCAAAACAUUUUUUAAUAUAAAACUCCCUUGUUUUACUUUUUAAAUGUCACUUUUUAAGUGAUAGACGAAGGAGUAACACUCAUGAGUACUGUAAGCAUCCUUUCAGUUUACGUGUAAUAUAUUAUGUUGCAAUUUUCUUCCAUAUUUGGUCCUUGCCAUUUUGAAUACUUCUUCCAUAGUGGGACCAUUUUCUAUGAUGCAAUGUUUGUAUUAUUGUUAUUAUUUCCGAACACAUCCAAACUGGAAGGGUACAUGCAGUGACCGAUGAGAGACUCGCAUUUCUUCGUUAUUGCAGCUUCGGUAUGUGUCAGCGUUAGACGGCUCAUAUCUUGCUCAUCUCUCGCGACAGGACUGAUCUCUUUUCUGAACGGGAAUAUUUGUAAUCACCUAUUUGGGAAAAGGAAAUGUUUAAGCGAAAUCUUGCCAUGUUAAGAGACUGGGACAGGGGGGACGGGCAGCACUGGCUCAAAGCAGAAACCCUCCCGGUCCCAGCCUCGUGAACCUUGUAGCCUGGUGGAGGCUCUAGCAGUGGCGCCAAGCUGUGACGGGCAUCUGCGUUACAUACCAGUUUAUAUCGCUGUGUGUUAACGGGGUUGCUGUUCGCCUAUAGGUUUCUUUCGCAGUAUUUUAUUUUUUAUUUUUAAAUAGUAAUGAAGAAAUAAAAAAGAGAAAAUCUCA